UACUGUGAUGUGUGUUGAUACAUAUCUAUACAGAUGGAAGGGAGGCUGUAAGCUGCUUAACCCUGCGCUGACUCAGGACACCCUCUGUUCCUUAAGAGAUAGAGGAACAUGUAUUUAUAUGAACUGAGUGACUGAGGAUCAGCCAUCUGGAAAAUGCCAGUUUUAAAGAAGUGUUUUUUUGAACUCCCAGACUUUACAUGUUACAGCUGGAAGUGAGAUUCAGUUAAGAAGUCUUUGAAAAAAAAAAAAAAAGUGAGACGUAUCAGCUGGAUGACGGAAAUGUUUUCCACCACAUAGGAGGAGCUUUAACCUUUGUCUACAUCUGGCAUUCAGUACCUCAUGAAAACAGAGGGAUGAAUUACCAGCUUGGUUUUAUAUGUAACAUUCACGUUGGUGUAUCUUCUGGUACAAGAAGCUAAUAAACCAAAUGACAUUUUCUGACACUAAAGGCGAUAUGAAGUGUGGCGAGACUCCACAUUCCACCCCUCGGGAUUCUCUAAGUUGCAGCUGUUCCCCCCCCCCCCCCCCCAACGUUGGUUGUUCGACCAUCUUCCCUUCAGCCUUUUAGCAGCUGUGAGGUGAGGACAAAUACCAGGUCUAUUCCUGAUCUAAUCCAAUUUACGGUUUCCUCGACAGACCUCAUGGUGCAGUCAAUGGAAGAAGCAUUCCGCUCAAUAUGAAAGGACUAAUAUUCGGUGUUUUUGCCAUCAUGAUGCUCACACCUGCUCAAGGUGAGGAAGAGGAGCAGCUAAAGCAGCUCAUGGAGUCAGUGGGAUUUGAGGAGGAUGAGAAGUUGCUGGAGUGUUUCCGUUGUGACCUGGGCUUCUGGGAUACCUGCUACACCACCGAAACCAAGUGCAGCGUCGGCGAGCGCUGCUACACGGGCCGAGGGAAGGCAGCGGACACUCUGGACGUUAAGACUUUGGGAUGUGUGAAGGCAUACGAGUGUGAUCUGGAGACCACCGUGGAGCUAUUCUCUAACAACACCAUCUUUGUCAUGACCAAAUACUGCUGCGACACUUCCUUCUGCAACUCGGCGCACAAACUUCCAACCGCCACACUUUUAUAUCUGACCGUGGCUGUGCUGACUACCUGGUACCUCUCUGAAGCCUCAACAGGAUCACAGUAAACAAGCCGCUUUUAUUUAUGUUGUCAAAAGCUUUACACAAUUUUGUUUACAUAACUAGAAAAUACUUCUUUGGCAUCAACUAAUUAUUUUAGAAAGACUUGAAUCCAACCAAAGAGAACAUCUGUUUGUACCAUAUUUAACGUGGUACUUCAACCGAAAAACCCAUGCAGUAGAAUAAAUGUUAGACUGUAAUAUAAUUCUUGUCAUGUAUGUAGAGGUGGAGCAUCAGUUAGCUCUCUCCCAAAACUAGCUGAAAACCGUCAACAGUGAACGAACAAACUGACCACAGAGCUGCAGAAACAUGUUUGCGGUUGCAGCAGAACAGUUCAGCUGCGGUUCAGCAGCUCCCCAGCAGAGGGCAGGAGCUCCUCCUUCAUGAAGUGCUGAAGGUCCAACUCUGUGUCCUCCAGGUCGAGGCUCAGGAACGCCUCCACCAAAGACCUGCACCUGUCGGUCACACCCAUAAAAAAUAGUUUCACAUACACUGCUCUCUUGUGUUGGUUUGUCAUUCUGUGUAGCUGGAGGUUAACGAACCGGUUCGCUUGCUCAUCCGACGAUGCUUUGUCGAUACGCUUGAUAAGCCUGCCCGUCCUGUACAGUUCAGAGACCUGAUCAAACACACACACACACACACACAGACAAUUAGUCUAUGCGAGCAUGCUUCUGCGUGUCUGUGUGUGUGUGUGUGUGUGUGUGUGUUUACCUCCACUCCUCUCUGCACGAGGCUAGUUGGCAGGCCUGCCAGUGUAGCGAUGUUGGCAGCAUAGCUGGACUGGCAGAUUCCUUCCUUCAGUUGGUACAGAAACACCAACUCAUCCCCGUCCACUGCUGUCUCUAGAGUCUAACACACACACACACACACACACAUUGAUACAUAACCACAUACACAAUAAAAUAAACGUCUAAUGAGGUAAAAAAGUGUCUCAUUAGCUAGUUGGUCAUUUGGAAGUUUCCUGCAGCACAUCAGUUUAUUGUCACUGAACACAGUCACAAAAUGCUUCAGGCUACACGUCAUCAUAAUGCUAAAGCUCAGUCGAGUAUCUGUCAGUACCAGAAGAGACAGCAGGCCAGAGGAGGGCAGCAGGGCCAGCUGCAGCAAACUGUGGAAGUUAGUAGCCAACAGCACAUGAGGAACAUCCACCGGAGGUUUUCUCAGCCAAUGAGACAUCGAGGCAGCCAACAAAGAGAGUCCGUCCACCUGAGGGGGAACAAUAAACAGUUGUGUUUCUGAGCGAGGACGAAGCUUCUACAGGUCGAACUCGACAGUCUUAAUGCAGAUUAAGCUCUCUUACACAAACCCUUGAUAGCAUGAGAUUGAGUUGGAGCCACGAAUAAACCAAUUAACAGAACGUUCCUGCCUAUUGUUCUCUGGAUAAAAAAAUUUUGCCUUCUGAUAGUGUACAGUAAAAAAACAGAAAGGCGUGAUAUGCAAAAAAAAAAAUAAGCAGGCCUUGUGGUUAAAUGGUACAUGUCACCACGUACAGGCAAGGAAAGCUUUAGCUGCUUAAAUGUAAACACAUUUUAUUUGGCCACAUGGAGCAGUGAAAACAAGUUGUGGACACAGCAUUGACAUAUUAUCGCCUUUAAAGUUGACAGCAGUUACAGAUCUGCAGCAUUAUUAUUACUCAUUUGUUUCAAACCACCUGACGAAUAUAAAAGUCAGUGAUUUAGGUCUGGUUUUGGUCUCUACCUGCACCUGAGGGAAAUAUCUGACUCAUGAGCUGAUAAAUGCUUCACUAUCUUCACCAGCUUGUCUCUAACUGUGUCUGUCUGCUGAUUGGUGCUGAGCAGUGCACAUUGGGGUUUUAGCUAAAAACAGCUAAUCUAAAUAUUGAUUAUAGCUGCUUUCAUUAUUUGUUGUUAACAAGCUAAGACAGAACUUAUUUAACCCACAUUAGUCAUUUUCUUUUAUUGUUUUCUUCUCGGCUCUGCCUCCCACAUCUGU